AUGGGACAUGAACAAAGUGGAAUACCCAACGCACAAGGCAUGGAAAUCUCACAUGAGGACGGCCAAUACGCUACUGGCAACAUGGCUUUUGAUCGUCCGAAUGAAGAAGUGGACUCAAAGAGCUCAACGUAUCCCUCGGGAUUGGAAUUAGCCCUCGUCUUUUUGGCUCUGUGCUUGACUGUAUUCUUGGUGGCUCUGGAUCAAACGAUUAUUGCCACUGCAAUCCCAACUAUUACCUCCCAGUUCCAUAGCGUCGAAGACAUCGGAUGGUAUGGUAGCGCAUUCCUCCUCACGAACUGCAGUUUCCAGCUCUUUUUUGGCAAGCUAUAUACUUUGCUGUCCAUCAAAUGGACCUUUGUCGGCGCCGUACUGGUCUUCGAGGUUGGCUCCGCCAUUUGCGGCGCGAGUCCUAACUCCGUCGCCCUCAUCAUAGGGCGAGCCAUUGCCGGAAUUGGAGGCGCUGGUAUUUUCUCAGGCGCUUUGAUUAUCAUCGCCAAAUCAGUGCCCCUUUCGAAGAGACCAGUCUUUACUGGAAUAAUCGGAGCAGUGUGGGGUAUAGCAAGUGUUAUUGGCCCCUUGUUAGGAGGAGCUUUUACAACUCAUGUCUCUUGGCGCUGGUGUUUCUACAUUAAUCUGCCAAUUGGUGCUAUAGCCAUCCCCUUCAUUCUUCUUUUCCUCCCCUCCAAAAAGCCAGAAAACAGGCUAAAGCCGGAAGGUUGGGCUACCUUAAGCCAAUUCGAUCCCGUCGGGACGAUCUUUUUCGUUGCAAGCAUCGUUUGUCUUUUGAUUUCACUCCAGUGGGGAGGGACCAAAUACCCCUGGAGUGAUGGCCGCAUAAUUGCUCUGUUGACGGUAUUCGGGGCGUUGAUUAUCGCUUGGGGAGUAGCGCAAUGGCGAGGCGGCGACAAUGCCACAGUACCCCUUCGUAUUCUGCGGCAGCGCUCCGUUGCCUGCUCGACGUUUUAUAUUUUCUUUGCAAGUGCGUCGUUUGUCUUACUGAUUUACUAUUUGCCAAUUUGGUUUCAGGCAAUUAAAGGUGAUUCUCCCGACGAGUCCGGCAUCCAUAACCUUCCAACUGUUCUGAGCGUCGGGCUGCAAACUGAUACGAAGGCAGUGGUAUUUGCAAUCGCGAGUGGCGUGGGCGUCUCAGUCGUGGGAUAUUAUAGCCCAUUUAUGAUCGCGGGUUCGAUGAUAAUGGCAGUUGGUGCUGGCCUAUUUCUGCUAUUUAAAGUCGAUACUCCGACGUCGAUGUGGUUUGGUUUCCAAGUCAUCUUCGGUGCAGGUGCUGGUAUUGGAAUCGAGCUUGCGAACAUUGCUGUUCAGACAGUUCUUUCCGAGAAGGAUGUCUCUAUCGGGACAUCUUUGGUGGUCUUUGCUCGCUCUCUUGGGGGUGCCAUUUUCGUAUCCGUGGGCCAGAAUAUUUUCAGCAACCACGUUAUCACUGGAAUGCGCGCCCAGGUCCCUGAGCUAGACCCAUCUAUUGUCCUUCAGUCCGGAGCGACCGAUCUUCACCACACAGUGAUGCAAGCCGCUUCCGCUUCGGGCCAGGCCGACAAGGUUGUUACUCGGGUUUUGGAGGUCUACAACAACGCGAUCAUCCAGACCUUUGUAGUCGCGUUAGUGUUAGCUUGUGUAUCCAUUGUUGGUGCCGUGGGGGUCGAAUGGCGAUCCGUGAAAAGCACUCCUAAAGAGCUAAAGUCGGAGGGAAAUCAUGGGCACGUGUAA